UGAAAUCUUUCCAACGACGUCUCUUUGAAUUAUUCAAUGUAUAUGUAACGAUGACUGAUAAACAGUUGCAAGCAUAUCGCAUAUACCAACGUUUUCUUCGAACUCUGCUUACCAUCUCUGGUUGUUGGUAUAUGCCCACAAAAUUCGGUAAAACCACGUACUUCUUGCCAGUCUUCACAUUUUUAAUGAUGGUCUGUUAUGCAUCGAUAUUUGUGCAUAUGAGUUAUAUACUUAGACAUAACUUGGAGAAUAUGGUUAAAUGCAUAGCUGGAGCACUAGGUGGAGCUAGCGCCGUUCUCAAGGUAACAAUCUUUGUGAUCAAUCGCGACUCUCUAAAAAAUUAUCACCAGACACUGAACGAUCUUUUCGAAGAGGAACUUAAGCAGAACGAGAAAAUUCGGACGAUAAUAUUUUCGCCCCUGCGUAGAAUAUACACCCUGACGUACACAUAUUUCAUCGUUUUAGAAACAGUGGUCCUGGCAUAUGUUGCACCACCGUAUAUCUUCGUAAUUCGCGGUCUCUGUCAACGUCAUUUAACUACGAACUACACCCUGCCAGUUAGCAGAGGAUUUGGACAUUUCUGGACUGUACCCGAUAACUUUUUGUAUCAUUUUCACUUUUUUUUUGAGAUAAUGCUAGCGUUAAUCUGCAGCAUUAUAACGUGCAGUGUCGAUAGCAUUUUUGGCUUUUAUGUCUGUCAGUUCACCUCAACACUGCGCGCCAUGAUCUUUAGGCUCACGAAUCCUCUACCCGCCGAAAAAUUUUCGGACCUGCUGAGGAACUGUGUAGCGAAGCAUCAGAGACUACUACGAUGUCGCGAUAUAUUGGAACACGUCUAUGGACCCAUUGUGUUUUGGCACAUUGUCACCAACGCCUUAUUUCUUUGCGCAUUGAUAUACAACGCAACGCGACUUUCCUUGAUGACCCUUGAUGAUCGUGCCAGUACAAUCGCGUUUGUGACACAAUCUUUAGUAAAACUGCUUCAAACGUUUACAUACGCAUUUUAUGGCACUGUCCUUGCAAAUGCAGGCGAGGACUUUCGUAAUGGAAUAUAUUUUUCCAAAUGGAUUAAUUCUAGGCUUGAUCGUCAUGUGAGAACAAAUAUUAUUUUGUUGUUGAUGCAAAAACCGAUGUUUGUAAAUGCAUUUUUUACUCCUGUUAAUAUGAUCAUGUUUACUAAUUUCGUGAACACUACAAUGUCCUAUUUCUUCCUAUUGCAAUCUGUUGGUGAUAAAGGCGGAUAGAGAUAUAUUUUACGCGUAUAUUUUGUAGACGCUAUCAAAUUUGUUAAAUCA